AUGUCGGCCCCCCCAGCUAAUCCCCCUCUUAACCUUACCAAUAUCCAAGGCGAUAUCCUGAGCGGUCUUCCCAAGAAGACCCAGUUCUACAUCUUCUUCGACAUCAAGGAUGUCGCCAAAUUUAGAGCCGACCUCGUCAAGUUCGUCCCCAUAGUGAAGACCGUCGCCCAAGUCCUCAAGGACCGUGACGACAUCGCUGACCACAAGAGGAGGGGCCUUCCUGGCCUCAUCCCUAUGGUCGGCGUGAACAUCGCCUUUUCGCACACAGGGUUCCAGAAGCUUGGGAUAGAUGACAGCACCCUGACCCCAUUGGGCGACAACGAUCCCUUCAAGAUCGGCCAGAAGCGCGACGCUGUAACCAACCUGGGCGACAAGACUCGCAGCGACGGCCAGCCCGAUUGGGACGAGAAAUUCCUCAAGGACCUGCAUGGCAUCAUCCUCAUCUCUGGCGAAAGCCACGCCUCCAUCGAGAAGAAGAAACUGGAGGUCGAGGCGAUCUUCCAUGUUCAUACCCCCAAGGCAUCUAUCCAGGAGAUCGCCACCAUCCGUGGCGACGUCAGGCCUGGAGAUCAGUCCGCCCAUGAACAUUUUGGUUUCUUGGAUGGCAUUUCCAACCCACAGGUCCUCGGCUUCGACAAAGUCUUUAACCCCGGGCCUAAGCCUGUCGACCCAGGUGUCGUCCUCACAGGCGAGACUGGCGAUCCGGCCGCCCGCGCUGACUGGGCUGUCGAUGGGAGCUUUUUGGCCUUCCGUUAUCUCUUCCAGGAGGUCCCAGAGUUCGAUCAGUUCUUGAAGAAGAACCCUCUUGCGAAAGAUGGAGAUGGCAAGGACCUUACUCCGCAGGAAGGAAGCGAUCUGUUGGGCGCUAGGACGGUCGGACGAUGGAAGAGUGGCGCACCGAUUGAUGUGACGCCUUUCAAAGACGAUCCGGCGUUGGCGGCUGAUCCCAGGAGGAACAACGACUUCGCCUUCCAAGGAGAGAUCAACUCCCAAUUGCGCUGCCCCUUCGGAGCACACGUUCGUAAGACAAACCCAAGGAACGACCUCGAGGUACCGCCAGCUCCUAUCAACCCGAUUCCCAUCGAAAAGAGGCGCAUCAUGCGCCGAGGCGUUCAAUUCGGGCCUGAAGUGACCAGAGAGGAGAAGAUCUCGGGCAAGACGCAGCACGGUCGCGGCCUUCUCUUCGCUUGUUACCAGAGCCACAUCGAGAACGGAUUCCAGUUCAUCCAGCAAAGUUGGGCGAACAGCAAGACGUUCCCGCCUUUCGAGACCCAGCCUGAGGAUCCAGGACUUGAUCCACUCAUCGGCCAGGGAGUUCGAGAGAUGUCGGGCCUUGAUCCUCUCAAUGAACAGAAAGUCCUCUCCUUGCCAGACUUCAUCAUUCCGCGGGGCGGAGAGUACUUCUUCUCCCCGUCCAUCAAAGGACUGAAGAACACGAUCGCCAAGGCAUGA